GGAAAGCACUGCAUGGGCUGAGACAGAGUAAUAGAUAUUUGACUUCGAGCUCGCGGUUUCCGACUACCCACCCACUCUGCCAGUGCACGACCUGUCUCGUCUCGGUCCCUGGUUCAUGAUGUUUAUUUGCAGAGUACUGGUAGAGUGUGGAUAGUGGUACCGUAGAGCUUACUCCAUCUACAAGCUGCGCGAGGUAUGUAUCCCGUGUGGCUGUUGCCCCCUCGCUCGAACUGCUUACCUGUGACAGUGCCCCCAUGGUGGUGGUGAUGAUGAGACAAAAGCCUUCCUGGAAUAUGCACGUCCAUCACGGUUCGAACUUCGUGUUUCCACGGCUGCGGGGUGGGAUGGGGGAUAGAAGUAUCGGAGUAUCAAAGCAGUAGGUCCCUAGAAUACUAUAUACCGGCAACUCAGAGGUGCACCUUCAUACUGGCUACACAUCCUAUGAGCGAGCGCGCAUGGAAGCCAUUCUUCUAGUUACCGUAGUUAUGCCCAGACCAGACCUCAGUCGCCCAGCUCAGUCACCCAGCUCUCAGUCACCCAGCUCAGUCACCCACCCACCCAUCCGCCGGAAACAAGCCGAUCCGUCCUUGCUUGCUUACUUGCUUACCUACCUGCCUGCUUGGUUGCUUGCGGGGUACCCAAGUAAGCACUCUAGCUGGAUCCCUUCCAGUCUCGACUCUCGACUCUCGAACAAGCAAACCCCUUGUUUCCCUCCUUACGUUCUCAAUCACCCCAGGUGGUGCCCAGAAAGGAAAGUCGACAGUCGACAGUGCCCCGCGAGUCCACAUCCAGAUGCCAGAGAGGUCUCGAGUCGGCCCAGCGGUGCAUGUGUGGAAACUGACCAAACCAACAAACGAAACUCCAACCACCGCUCGCUCGCCAGGGGGAUGGGGAGGGGAAGAAAACGUGAGACCAGAACUGGAUGGGAUAUAGUAGAGGCAGGGCCAGAAAGCGAGGCCGAGGGCCGGGCUCCUACGCGGGGAGCGGGGGGACGCGGGAUGGCCGAUGGACGGACCGACGGUUGUGUAGCGAGGGGGGGAAGGAGGAUACAUGCAAAGGCGCAAUUCUGGUUCUGGUUCUGGCUCUCGCAUUUUGGCGUUGGCGUCCUCGCGUUCCUGGGACUACGGUACUACACUAUACAGGCACCAUGCGCACGCUUAUAAUACGGGAUGGGAUGGAUGUUCGAUGUAUGUCAGACGUGGGGAUCGUAAAGUGCUCUGCGUGCGUCGUGCAGUCGUGCAGUCGUGCAGUCGUGCAGUCGUGCAGUCGUGCAUGACUGGCAGUUGGUAGAUAUUCUACUCUACAUAUCGACCAACGAAGCGUGUGUGAGCACGCAACCACCGUGGUCCAUGUAGAGUAUGUACCUUACCUAGGGGUGCGAUGGGGAUGGGGAUGGGGAUGGGG